CGCAAUGGACAAUGUUGAGGGUGAGGAUGCGGGCAAGCAUCAUACGGGCAAGUGUCUUGCGGGGAUCUGUCCGGCGAGCAUAUGUUCUGCGGGCAAGUGUCCUAGAUUCGUCAUAUUGUCACGAGUCAUAUGUCCUAAAAGUUUAUGCAAAAACUAUUGAGUAAAAAUCACUUCAAUAUAUGCUAUAACAAUUUUGAUAGUAAAGUUAAUCUUUUUUUUUUUUUUCGUAAACAACGAAAUUGUUGAAUACAUAAACAAACGUUUAGAAUACACGGAAUAUUAGUGAAUAAAAGAAAAGAAAUGAAUCUCCAAGAGAGAGGGAAGAUAUUAGAAGUCAUGUGGAUUAUGUAAGGUAUCUCGAACUUGUUGACACUGUUAGUAAAUGAUAUCGCAUUUUUCGCUAGUACUGAGCACGAAGCGGAAAGCAAAAACUUUUCUGAUUGGGACAAACAAAAAAAAACAAUGGAUCUCGCUCAUCAUUACUUGUGAAUUCAGUUGAGAAAAUUGAGAAUCUAUUUCUUUGCUUUAAUGAUUAAAAUUUCAAUACAGACAAAAUAACAAUAAGAAAGAUUUGAUUGAUAUGGAGAAAAUUUUAAUCUCUGUUUUUAGAUGUGAUCAAACUUAUUUUUGGUGAAACUAAUAUACAGAAUGGUUUACAAAUUCUUUUAGAACAUUUCCAAGAUCCAUUAUUGAACAAACAAUUAUUUUAUAUGAUUCUCGAUGAAAUAAUUUUUCAACUUUUUCCUGAAUUACAAUCAAAUUCCGAAAUGUCAAGAGCUAAUACAAUAACAACAACAGAAUGA